AUGAAGUUGAACAACGAGACGGUGAGCGUCGAGCUUAAGAAUGGCACAGUGGUCCAUGGCACUAUUACUGGUGUUGAUAUGAGCAUGAACACGCACUUGAAGACUGUAAAGAUGACCGUCAAGAAUCGAGAUCCCACCAGCCUUGACUCUCUCAGCAUUCGUGGCAACAAUAUUCGAUGCGUUAUCUUGCCUGACAGCUUACCACUUGAUACAUUGCUUAUUGAUGAUACACCCAAGGCAAAGGCUAAAAAGAAAGAAGGUCCAGCAGGUCGUGGACGUGGACGUGGUGGUCCUGUACGAGGACGAGGAAGAGGACGAGGAAGACGCUAA